UGUUGCAUUGCAUGCUAUCUGAACUCCGCUGAAAAGCUCCGCACAUCACCGAGCUGACAGCAGAGAGAGACGGAUAAAAAACAGCGACAUCCCGCUGGGAGAAGAAGGAGAAGGAGCAGCCGUCCGGGGAGCUUAAACCAAACAUAUUUCCAGCUGCUGGAGUUACCUGUUGGUGUCUGUCUGUGCAGGGGGAUGGCAGUUCCGUACGAGGGCCAGUCUUUCUCUGCGCUGAGGAGGCAGUGCCAGCAGAAUGGACGUCUGUUUGAAGACCCUCUGUUCCCAACAUCCGACCAGUCUCUGUUCUACCAGAGCAACCGCAUCGGCAGAGUCACCUGGAAAAGGCCAAAGGAGUUAAGCAGCAACCCACAUCUGUUCGUGGACGGCAUCAGUGCUCACGACCUGCACCAAGGCCAGCUGGGAAACUGCUGGUUCGUGGCCGCCUGCUCCAGUCUGGCUUCCAGAGAAGCUCUGUGGCAGAAGGUGAUUCCUGACUGGAAGGACCAGGAGUGGGAUGAAGAAAAACCGGAGUCCUACGCCGGGAUCUUCCACUUCCGGUUCUGGAGGUUCGGCGAGUGGGUGGACGUGGUGAUCGAUGACCGACUGCCCACGGUGAACGGAGAGCUGGUGUACUGCCACUCCAACGACAGCAACGAGUUCUGGAGCGCGCUGGUGGAGAAGGCCUACGCCAAGAUGUGCGGGUGCUACGAGGCCCUGGAUGGGGGCAACACGGCCGACGCUCUCGUGGAUUUCACCGGGGGCGUGUCUGAGCCGAUGGACUUGAUGGAGGACGGGUUCAAAGAAGAUGAAGAGAAACGCAACGAGCUGUUCGAGAGAGUCCUGAAAGUCCACAACAGAGGAGGCCUCAUCAGCUGCUCGAUCCGGGCAAACAGUGCGGCGGACAUGGAGGCCAGGCUGGCCUGCGGCCUGGUGAAGGGUCAUGCCUACGCUGUGACAGACGUCCGCAGGGUGAGGCUGGGCCACGGCCUGCUGGCCUACUUCAAGUCGGACAAACUCACCAUGAUCCGCAUGAGGAACCCCUGGGGACAGAGGGAGUGGAACGGGCCCUGGAGCGACAGCUCUGAAGAGUGGAAUAAAGUCAGUAAGAGCGAGCGGGAGAGGAUCGGCGUCACCGUGCAGGACGAUGGCGAGUUCUGGAUGACGUUUGAUGACUUUAUCGCCAACUUCACAGACCUCAUCCUGUGUCGUCUCAUCAACACAUCCUACCUGAGUUUACAUAAGACCUGGGAGGAGGCCGUGCUGCGGGGCUCCUGGCGUCGCCACGACGACCCGCUUCUCAACCGAGCCGGGGGCUGCAUCAACAACAAGCACUCCUUCCUCCAGAACCCGCAGUACGUGUUUGACGUGAAGAAGCCGGAGGACGAGGUGCUGAUCUGUUUGCAGCAGAAAGAUCGCAGAGCCACGCUGAGACAGGGACGAGGAGAAAACCUAGCUAUUGGCUUCGACAUACACAGGGUAGAGUUAAACAGGACCUACCGGAUGCACGUCACCCAGCAGAAGGCUGGUGGGAGCAUCUACAUCAACUCAAGGUCUGUGUUCAUACGCAUUGACCUGAAGGAGGGCCGGUACGUCAUCAUACCCACAACCUUUGACCCCGGCCUGGAGGGAGACUUCCUGCUCCGCAUCUUCACAGACGUGCCCUCUGACUGCAAGGAGUUGACUCUAGACGAGCCACCACGCACCUGCUGGUCCGGGUUGUGUGGUUAUCCCUCUCUGGUCUCUCAGGUCUACAUACUGAGGGCAGAUGGACUCGCAGGACAGGACUCUGAUGGAGCGUCGGACCCCUACGUGAUAAUCCGUUGUGAAGGAGAGAAAGUUCGUUCUCCGGUCUAUAAAAACACUCGCAGCCCUGUCUUCAACACAAAGGGGCUCUUCUACAGGAAGAAAGCCAACCAGCCAAUCAGCAUCGAGAUCUACAACAACAACGUGUUGAUGGAUUCCUUCCUGGGUCAGGUGACGUUGCCAGCUGAGCAAGGCGAUUUCCAGCAGACGCUCCACCUGAGGGACAAGGGUGAUCGCCGUGACAACGACCUCCCUGGAACCAUCACCGUCGCCGUAGUAACAAGUACGGUGCUCACCAACAUCUGAGACAGCUGUCAGAUAUGUUGCUGUGUCAUUUAAGUUUUAAUUAAGUUACCAGUUUACAACUAAACCUUGCGAGAAGCUGCGGCUGUCGGGGGAAAUGUUCAGCAGAAAUAGAUGGUUUACUUUUUGGACAACUAAGUUUACUUAUAGAAGAUUACACAUCCAGCAAGAAAGUAGAGAUCAUCAGAGGCUGUGAUGAAAAAUACAAACACAGGACACCUGAUUCUCUCGCUGUGCUUCAGCUCGAUGCCCACAAAUACCUGUUUACAAAAUGAUUUACAGUACCUGUACUGGUUGAUCUGAAUGUCCUGAAAACAAGUCUGAGACACAAACAAUCUCCAGCUAGUUUAGAAACAUUCUUCACAUGCGUUAAGGUGACUUUUUCCUCCGAUCGGCUCUCAUUUCCAUCAUCUGCUACUUCCUGUCAUUUUUAUUCUGCUGUUUAAAGGUACAAUCUGUAAGUUUAAAAUGUGCCAAAAAAAAAGAACUUACAUUAUCAACAGAACAUGAAGAAGUAACUGUUAUCUGAAAGACGUCUAUGUGUUGCGUUGCAGACAUAUCUACUGAAGUUAGCAUGCUAACCAGCUAGCUGUGGCACGUCUUGUCAUGUAAAACCACUUUGUACCUGAAGAGGCGACAGUUUGAUGAUCUCUUUCAGAGAUAAAUGCGAGUUUGCUACGUUUCACAAGCCCUCUCAGCUUUUCUACUAAGGCGAUGCUUUUGCCGCAGUGUAAACACCAACAAUCUAGCUAGCUGCAUGGCUAACUGAGCUAACGGCAGCAAGUAGCUUUAGCUAAAGAUAACUACAGCAAAGGGUAUCUUGAGCAGCAGUUAGCGGUUGCUGUGGUGAUACGCUGCCCCCUGUUGGUUUGGAGCGACCUUUGUUCUGUUUUAUCUUAUUUUUCAACUCUUUUAAAAUACUAUUUGUGUCUUUUUUAUUACCUUCUUUUAUACUUUGCCUCAGUCUUUCAUGUCUUCUGUAAAGCACUUUGUAUUACGAUUACAAAUAUAUACAAAUGCCUUGCCUGGUAGCAUAACGCCAUGUUUAAACAGAGCCAGCUACUGGCAAAAAUCCUCCAUUGUGGCAUUAGCUGGAUUAAAUAUGUCUCUACUGAUGCAGCAUCCUGUAGCUAACAGGCUCCCAGGAACCACGCUGAGCUGUCAUGAUGGGAAUAUAAAGAAGUGAGAAUAUAAUGCUACGAAUUACCAAUCCUAUGUCAGUGAUCCUCAUGGUGACCUACAUGAAGACCCUGAAUGAAUUACUUGUAUUCGAGUCUUUGCCUCAUGUGUUUACACCAACGCAUCUUGUAACUUACUUGGUCAGAUGAAGUAUUUCAUUGCACUGAUAUUCAACAAUAUCUGAUUAAAACCUCAUUUCUGUUCAGUCUUUGACAUUUUUUGGCCACAAUGGGGGAGGUUAAGAUUCAGGAGUUUCCUUUAGGAAACACUCUUAGAAAUGUGGAGUAUAUGUGAGGUCUCUGUCUAAAUUAACUCUACGAUGCCACUAUGAUUUUAACACAUUUCCAUUUACUCGCAUGUUUGCAUAUUUAGAAUAAUUAGUCAUCUUUGUGUUUACUUCAUUCAUUGUAUUUCACUGCUCAUGUAAAGUGAUAAUUGUACAUUUUAUAACUGAUGUGUUUAAUAUGAACAUGGAAGAAUACAUUUAACUGUAUUCAUGCUGAAUUCAUGACGUCAUGAACUCUCUCUCAUCGUCAACCCUACAUUUCCCAAAUAAAGACAGUGUGUAGUCUUAACUCUUAGGAAGGUUUAUGCAUGACGCUUAUUUUAACAGGGAGAAUAAAUGUGAAAUUAGGUCAAACUUAGAUUUGUGACAUAUAUCAAAUAAAACGUUUCUAGACCUCGAACAUUUCUCUGAUACAAAGACAGUCCACUCACAGCUGAUGUCGUCUGCGUCUGCUUUCAGCGACAGCGUGUCUGGAAGUGAAGGAAAGAGAGAAAACAGGCGUCUCUUUACAGUUGUCUUUAUUUUGCCAGGAAAUAAAUUAUUCAACUUUAAAAAAUAUUUGAAACAAGCAAAACAACGCAGCACAUCAAAGUAGUUGAACUAUCUGCUCCCACCCCGACAACACAAAGUUCCAUGUCUUUACGUGAUGUAGUGGCAAACAUUCAGCUGGUUUAGGCUGUGACCGAUUGUGUUUACUUCAAGUUUGUCAUUAUGCAAGGCUACAGGUAAGUCCGCCCACCUGCGCAGGCCGGGCUGAUGGGCAGGUACACGGUUUCAAAUGAUAAAAACACAGCAACCAAAGCCCGCUCCACAGGAUAAAAACCACUUUCAGCCCCGUAAAACUCAUCUCAAGGUAAACCAGAUGUCUCCGAUCAGGAUCAAAUGACUGAAAAAGCUACAGAAAGGUUUCAGUUUCACCAGCUAAUACUGAUGACUGAUUGGACAAAAUAGAACACAUUCUACGAUUGUAUAUCAUGGUUUAAAAUACAGGAUGUCUUAUAAAAGGGCAGUAAAAUAAGACCAGUACUUGUAUUUCAAUAAACGUUACCUUGGAGGGAAGUGGCAUGUUUGUAUGCUGUAAAUACUUAUAAAAAAAAAAAAGUUAAAACACAGUUUCUGUUCAGUUUAAAGCUCGGGUCUGAAAGCUGUACAGUCGGUGUUGAUAAAGCAGAUGGUGAAGCUUGGUGUGCUGUAACAGAAAACUCUGAUGCAUCAUUCAAUAUGAUGACCAAAGUAUAAAAAAAAAAAAAAAAAAAAACAGUGAUGUGUUAGUGGCACAAGUCAAAG